AUGGAGAACAAAACAUCAUCAUCGGCAAAAUUAAAAACUGUUGAUGUGGAUGUACCCCUUCAUACCAUAGGAUUUGAGUUUGAAGAUAUAUCAGCAGACAAAGUUUCUGGCAAUCUUCAUCUCACCCAAAAAUGUUGCCAGCCAUAUAACAUGCUUCAUGGAGGUGUAUCAGCAUUGGUAGCAGAAGCACUAGCCAGUAUUGGAGCACAUGUUGCUUGUGGUUAUAAAAGGGUUGUAGGAAUUCAACUUAGCAUCAAUCAUUUGAAAUCAGCUGUGAUUGGUGACUUUAUUCAUGCUGAAGCCACACCUUUGACUGUUGGCAAAUCCAUCCAGGUGUGGGAUGUGAGAAUCUGGAAGAUUGAUCCUUCAAACUCACAAAGCAGAUUGUUGAUUGCAUCUUCUAGAGUAACUGUUAAAUGCAACAUGCCCGUUCCAAAAAAUGGCAAAGAUGCCGACGACUGGUUAAAGAAGCACUCAAAAUUGUAG